CUUGUAGAUAAUAUAGGCCUAGUUCUCCUCCUCUCUCUCUCUCUCUCUCUCUCUCUCGAUCUCGAUCUCGAUCUCGACAUGACCGUCAGUCUGACGCUUCCUGCUCAUUGCCCAAACGUCUUUCCGGCGAAACGUUCGAGCUACAGGACCCGGAUAUCCCCAUUGAACCCGGUCACGAAGCCGAGGAACGCCUUGUUGGUGAACGGCGACGAUGUCACGAGGACGAGGAGGAUAUCAGUGGGGGCGACGGAGUCGACCAGGUUGCACCUCGCGAACCUCGAUAAGCUCCUCCAAAAGGGGAGCACGCUCGACCCGCAACCGCCUCAUCAUUGGGAUCGUGAAGACAUUAGGAUGCCCGGGCAUGUUGCGGCGCCGUUGGAGGAGGAGAGCGCAGGGAGGGGCCUAUUGGAAGGCCUCAGCUUGGCCAGGAUCUGGCCGGGGGAGAAGGCAGCCGAGGAGAUGUCGCCGCAGCACCUCCACCGCCUCCAGCGGCUCCUCUCUAUGACACCAGAGUAUUCCCCCCGGAACAGCCUCGCCGCCCGGUGGCAGGAAUACCACGGCUGCAAUGACUGGGCCGGGCUGCUCGACCCGCUCGACGAGAACCUCCGGAGGGAGGUGGUGCGUUACGGGGAGUUUGUGCAGGCGGCCUACCAUGCCUUCUUCCACACAGAACCCGCCACAUCGGCCGGGAUGGCCCCGACAUCGCGUCAUGUGGCGGUUCCGGACCGGUCCUAUAAGGUGACGAAGAGCCUGUACGCCACGUCAUCCAUCGGGCUGCCCAAGUGGGUGGACGAUGUGGCGCCCGACCUGGACUGGAUGACGCAGCGGUCAAGCUGGAUCGGGUACGUCGCGGUGUGCGAGGACCGGAGGGAGAUCCAGCGGAUGGGGAGGAGGGACAUCGUGAUCGCCCUACGCGGGACCGCCACGUGCCUCGAGUGGGCCGAGAACAUGAGGGCCCAUCUCGUCGACAUGCCUCACGUCGGCGGCGGCCCGGUGCCGGCAGCGCAAGGGCAAUCCAAGGUGGAAUGCGGGUUCCAAAGCCUGUACCGGACGGGCGGGGCCCAUGUGCCGAGCCUGGCCGAGUCCGUGGCCGACGAGGUGAAGAGGCUCCUGAAACUGUACGAGGGCGAGACCCUGAGCAUCACUGUCACGGGGCACAGCCUCGGGGCGGCCCUGGCCCUCCUGGUGGCUGACGAGCUGAGCACGUGCUACGCGGAAUCUCCGUCCUCCUCCCCGCCCCCACACGUGGCAGUGUUCUCCUUCGGUGGGCCAAGGGUAGGCAACGAAGCAUUCGCAAACGGAAUCCAUUCCAAAAACGUGAAGGUCCUGAGAAUAGUGAACAACCAGGACAUAAUCACGAGAGUCCCCGGCACAUUCCUGAGCGAGGACCUAGAGCAGAAACUGAGGGACACCAAGCUGGAGGGCGUGCUCGACGGCAACAUGCCGUGGGACUACUCGCACGUCGGCACCGAGCUGAGGGUGGACACGAGGAUGUCGCCGUACCUGAAGCCGGACGCGGACGUGGCGUGUUGCCACGACCUGGAGGCCUACUUGCACUUGGUGGACGGGUUCUCGUCGUCGAAUUGUCCGUUCCGGGCCAACGCCAAGCGGAGCCUGGUGAGAUUGCUCAAAGAGCAGACGUCCAACGUGAAGAGAUUGUACACAAGCAAAGCCAAAGCGGCCUCGAGCUUGAACAUCGAGAGUAGGAGGGAUCACCGGGGCAUUCCCCUGUCUAAUUGCUUGCCAAGCCCAUCUUCACACACCAAAAUAUAAAGAGAAAAAAAUAGAAAAUUCUUCUCUUAGGUACAUAAUUUUUGUACACAUGCACAAAAUCUGGAAAUGGGCAAUUAAAAUGAAGCCCAUUAGACUUCAAUCUUUA